AUGGAUUCAAACUCUCACGCUCAAGUAAUUGUCGCAGAGAACCCCGCAUUUACUGCCAACGGGGUACCUAACUGUCCAUCUCCCUUUGAGCGAAGCGGUCAGCGGGAACAAGGUUCCAGCGCAAUCUGCGUCUACUGCCGACAGAUAUACAAGAUAUACAACCGUCCAUUCUUCUUUGAGCGAAAGGCCAAAAGCGAAAACGGAAAUCCUGCGCGCUUUCCAGCUCCUGGUACUGACCUGGACAGCGGCUCUAGAUCUGUACCAAAUGUGCACAAGAAUCCAAGUCGGUUUGUCAGCUUCAUGCGCAUUGAUAAUGGGAUGGCAGUUCAGUCUUGCGACAAGACCUUGCGUGGAGUCACGUGA